CGAAGGCUUGGAUUUCACCAGCCAGCCUUACUGCACCUUGGAUGACUUGCAUUCUAUCCACCGCAAUAACCGCCUGAUUGCACUUGUUAUGUCAAUCACAUGACUGUUUCUGCGCUAUCCAAUCAGUCGUGGGCAGUUUGACUGUCAACAUGUCUUCACCAUCUCCUGGCUUCCAAGUCUCCUCUCCCGAGCACGGGAUUGGACGCCGCAAAUCGCAGUUUACCCAUCGUCAACUUAGUCUCCUGGCUUCGUUCUCGCCGUCGUCACCUCUACGCGUUAUUGCUCAUGUUGACCUUGAUGCGUUCUAUGCCCAGUGUGAGAUGGUGCGUCUAGGCAUUGAUGAGGAACAGCCCUUAGCGGUUCAGCAAUGGCAAGGAUUAAUAGCCAUCAACUAUUCAGCGCGUAAGUUUGGUAUUGGUCGUCAUUGCACCGUGACGGAGGCGAAGAAGCUUUGCCCAAAUCUAGUAGCUCAGCAUGUUGCUACGUGGAAGGAAGGGGAAGAAACCUGGGCAUAUCAUGACGAUGCUGCAUCUCAUAUUGCGACUCACAAAGUCUCGUUAGACCCAUACAGACUUCAGUCGAGGCAGAUCCUAGCCUUGAUCAAGCAAUGUCUGCCGGCCAACAAACAAAAAGUUGAGAAAGCAAGCAUAGACGAGGUUUUCAUCGAUUUGUCUGCUCAGGUCCAUUCCAUACUACUUCAGAGGUUCCCUGAGCUGACCGGCCCACCCCCUUACGACGAUCCAACCGAGAAACUACCACUUCCCCCAAUUACUGCCCUGGACUGGAAAGCCGACGUAUUGGUGGACCUUGAUGAUGCCGAGGCCGAAGUUGAUGAUCCUGAUUGGGAUGACGUGGCCAUCCUGAUCGGAUCUGAAAUCAUUAGGGACAUCCGAGCUGAAAUCCGAAAAAGAUUGCACUACACUUGCUCUGCUGGAGUAGCGGGUAAUAAAAUGUUAAGUAAGUUGGGCUCUGGCCACAGGAAGCCCAACCAACAAACCGUUAUCCGCAAUAGGGCUAUCCAGCGGUUCCUAUCAGACAUGAAGUUUACUAAGAUUCGGAACCUUGGUGGAAAGCUUGGCGAUCAGGUCAAGUCGACGUUCAAUACUGAGUCUAUCAAAGACAUGCUUGAAGUCCCAGUUGACCAGCUCAAGCUCAAGCUUGGUGACGACACAGGUCUCUGGUUUUACGAUACGAUCCGGGGGAUUGACUUGAGUGAAGUAACUUCACGAACGCAGAUUAAGUCUAUGCUAUCCGCCAAGUCGUUUCAGCCGAGUAUCAAUAAAAUGGAACAGGCAUCCAAGUGGCUCCGGAUAUUUGCAGCCGACAUAUUCUCCCGCCUAAUCGAGGAGGGGGUUCUCGAGAAUAGACGCCGACCGAAGACAAUCCACUUGCAUCACCGGUCUGCAGGCCAGACCCGCUCAAAGUCGAGCGGCAUUCCACAGGGCAAAGCCCUCGAAGAAGCCAUUCUGUUUGACCUUGCUAAAAAUAUGAUGAGCCAAAUCGCUAGCGAGGGCAGGGUAUGGCCCUGCACAAAUCUCAGCCUAAGCGUUGGUGGCUUCGAAGAUGGCAUUACUGGAAAUAUGGGAAUCGGUAGUUUUCUGCUCAAGGGCGAUGAAGCACGGAUAUCGAAGGUAACAUCGUGUGAUUCUCCACUUGAUCUAUCUUCGCAUGAACCGCAAGAGAAGAAACGACGCCUCGAAAGUCCUGGAAUACAACGCUUCUUCCCUAAGAAGGACCUAUCGGCUGGGGAGGACCAAACGGACUCUACGGAGUUGGACUAUACACAUGGAGAUGUGGAACGUCGGGUGAGUGGCUCGCGCAGCCGUCAACUAUCAAUCACCGAUUACAUGUGCUCGCGAUGCAAUGCAGUAUUCGAAAGCGCCGAAGCAUUGCAGAGCCAUAAUGAUUGGCAUCUGGCCAAGGACCUCCAUGACGAAGAACGUGGCAGGUCAACAUUCGCUAGCAGUAAGCGUAUUGUCCCACGCAGUGAAAAGAAUGCCACUCAGGCGCCUCGUAAGAAACACUCCGGGGGCGGCGCCGGCGGUAAGAGAUUGGAGCAGGGGCAGAGUAAGUUGAAGUUCGGAUAGCAGUACACUUGAGUUGGUUCACAUGCACAACCAUUCACUCGUAUUUGGGGAGUGGGCAAGGCUGUGGCGCAACAGCGCCGGUUUCGUCCUCGCAAAUUACAGAAUCGGUACAAGGUCAAGCCUGUAUUCGAAUGUGACCCAACGAAGCCUGAAGGUAGCCUAGAGCCGGCGCUGCGAGUGGUUGUGGCCGCUCAGAUGAUGCGACUGAUGCCACAUCUAGUCUUAUAGUGCUCGCCAGGAAACCUUCGGUGACAAUCUGUAUGAAGUCCGGGUCGCGGGAUUAUCAGCAUUAUGUUCGGUCCGUGAUCGCAGCACCAAGGAGUUCUCUCCGAUGGGUUACUCUGCACAGACCCAGCCAAUAAGAUGGAGCGGCACCUACAGCGAGGAGUCGUUCGCACAUACAACCAGAGUAGCGAAAGACCGGAAGC